AUCCACCCUUCUCAAGAAAGUAUUACUUCUCGCAAACAUUCUCUCCUUAGCUAGAUUUUCUUCCAAGAUGAGUUGGAUGAAGUGUUGUGUGUUCCCCCUGGUGCUGCUGUGCAUGUGGCAGCUGCAAGAAGGAGCACACGCCUGCACUUGUGUUUAUGACCAUCCACAGACGCAGUUUUGCCAAUCAGAUGUCGCCCUCAAGGCAAAGGUGGUUGCAAAGAAGGCUGUUGGUGGUAAUUUAAACAAGGACAUCAAGUAUGACAUCAAACUGACCAAGAUAUUGAAAGGCCCCAAAAGACCCUUCGAUACCUUCUACACUGCAUCCUCCUCUGCAGCAUGUGGUGUGAUUCUGAACGAAGGUGUAGAAUAUUUUAUCACAGGCAAACUGAUGCCUGACGGGUGUCUGUACGUUUCAUCCUGUAACUACGUUGUUCCCUGGAAAAGCAGCCACAAGAUCCUGGUAGAACGUUAUAAGAUGGGCUGUGAUUGCAAGAUCUUUUCUUUGUUUGCUACAUUUCCUUCCAUGAGUUGGAUGAAGUGUUGCGUGUUCCCCCUGGUGCUGCUGUGCAUGUGGCAGCUGCAAGAUGGAGCACACGCCUGCUCGUGUGUUUUUGACCAUCCACAGAUGGCGUUUUGCCAAUCCGACGUCGCCAUCAAGGCAAAGGUGGUUGCAAAGAAGGCUGUUGGCGGUAAAUAUAACGACUACAUCCAGUAUGACAUCAAACAGACCAAGCUAUUUAAAGGCCCCAACAGACACUUUAAUAGCAUCUACACUGGCUCCUCAUCUUCAGCAUGUGGUGUGAAUUUGAACAAAGGUGUACAAUAUUUGAUCACAGGCCAACUUGAGCCUAACGGGUCUCUGUACGUGUCAUCCUGUAACCCCCCUGUACCCUGGAAAAGCAGCCACAAGAUCCUGGUAGAACGUUAUAAGAUGGGCUGUGAUUGCCAGAUCACUCGCUGCUAUGGUGACCCGUGCGGGGACCGCCACUCAGACGAGUGCCUGUGGACGGCCUGGCUGAGGGGGAAUAACCAGCCGGUCAAACAGUCUGCUUGUAGGAAAAGAAGUGAUGGUUCUUGUGUCUGGUACAAGGAGGCCGCCUCACCAACAAAGGGUUAAUGGAUUGAAGACUCCAAAAUCCCCACAUUGCAGGAAAUAAAAAAAUUCACAAAUCUA